CGGCUUAGUGGAAUUCGCACCUACAUAGAAUUACCACGGUUCCAUUCCCAACCCAUGAGGAUGCCAGUUGGACAAGAUGACACAGUAGCGCCCUCUAUUCUGCGAUGGCCUUGCCACGAACUGUUCCACAGGACACAAGCGAAACUUCUCAUCAAGUAAAUAACAUCCUUCGUAAUUUGAGAGGAGAGCACUUUCGCCACUCACGCAAUGCGCAGCAUAUCCCAGCCAGCCUACCCACGCCAUUACAUGCCAAUAACAUCCCAACCCUUCCGAUCAGCCUGAUCUAUCCUUCAGAAGAAGGCAGACGGAAUGUAACUGCUCCUUCAGGGCACCAUUCUACAAGACCUGUCCGGGUUGCAGGACCUGAUCCACCUCGCAGUUGGACAACCUUUUCAUCUCCGAAGAUCAGGGAAGCAGACUUGGCGGACAUAAACUCCCCUGCUUGGCGCGAGCAUGCCCUCGACCUAGCGUUCUCCCUUGGUAACGCGUCAGUGCGUCCACCAGAUACUAGCGCAUCCCUUCGUAGCCUUCGGACCGGCGGGUUCCCUACACUCGCACUAUUAUCCCUUCAUGUCAUUCGCAUGGAAUGCAGCGGAUACGAGUUGGCUGAAAUCAGGCCCUAUAUCCCACCUCACCUCCGUCGCGUCUUAAUGCGCCAUAGCGCAAUAAACGGUCCCCUCUCUCAGAUCGAGCUGAAUGCAAUAUGCGGAGAAGAAGGGCAUGCAGACGGAGAGCUCGUAGUCGUUGGGCCGCAUGCUACAUUGCGCAGCGACCAUUUCCGGCGCAUACAUUCCUCAAGAGAAUCUGUGCCUAAGGAAUGUACAGCAGAGGAGUAUACGUGGGACUCCCUUGCAACACAGGGGAGCGAGCCUAGUGUGCUCUUCUCCCUUACCCUAUUGUCCACACCGGUAACAUUUGCAUUGAGCAACCUCCCGCCCACAAUCACUUGCCUCACACUCAUAAAUAUCCCUAAUAAACUAGUGUCCGUUCAACGACUUCCAUCGUACUGCCCUCUGGUUUCACUGUUAGACCUGUCUUACAAUAGUUGGCUCAUUCCAGCAUCAGGGGAGAAGCUGCUACAAGAUUACCCGUGGACGAAAUUGCGCCACUUAAAGGUCUUGGGGUUACGAGGGUGUCGCGUUACAUCAACGCUUUUGUCGCAAGUCAAUAGAGGUCGAUGGGAUGACGUGGAGGUCAUUCAUUGACGAUCUACGUAUAUAAUAUACAUGAAUCGAACCACACAUGGGGAAAUCUGGACUGGAGAGAAUAGUAC